UAAUUUAAAAUAGAGCAAUAUAAAUUCAAGAAUCGUCAAACAUAGAGAAAACCCCUGAAGAAGUAACCGAGGAAAAUCCUUUUGCAAAUGGUUCGUCUAACCUCGGAUUCCCAAAAUCUCAAUCCUUAUUUAUUGAACUUUAAAACAAAGGACUUUGUUUUCUCUUCCAAAAUGGGUCCGACGACGUCCGAUGACAGAUCCGAAAUCUGCUUCUUCGAUUUGGAAACUACCGUCCCUGGGCGACACCGCCAAGGCUUUGCCAUUAUCGAAUUCGGAGCCAUUUUAGUUUGCCCCAAGAGGCUCGUGGAGCUCAAGAGCUACUCCUCCCUUGUCCGACCUGACGACCUCUCCUCCAUUUCCUCUGCCUCCGAACGCGGCAACGGUAUCACCCGUGACGCCAUUGCUGUGGCUCCUUCCUUUUCCGAAAUCGCCGACACAGUUCACGACUUUCUCCAUGGAAGGGUUUGGGCGGGGCAUAAUAUAGUGAGGUUUGAUUGCGUGAGGAUAAGGGAAGCUUUCCAGAAGAUUGGCAGGCCGGCACCGGAGCCUAAGGGAAUUAUUGAUUCACUGGCGUUGUUGACUCAAAGAUUUGGAAGGAGAGCUGGUAACAUGAAGAUGGCCACCCUUGCAAAGUAUUUUGAGAUUGGGAAGCAAACACACAGGAGUUUGGAUGAUGUUCGCAUGAACCUUGAAGUUCUCAAGUACUGUUCAACAGUUUUGUUCCUGGAGUCAAGCCUCCCAGGUAUACUCACAGCAGACAAUGCAGUUUCCCCAAGACCUAUGACAAGAAGUAGUAGUACUAGCAAGUCAUCUCCUGAGCAGCCUAACCCAAACAUGCACACCCUUUCUCCAAGUUUAACGUCUGAAAAUGUUCCAAAUUUAUCUCCAACAGAUCUAGAAAAUGGCGAACACCAUCCUAUAAUCUCUCCUCUAACUUGUCACACCGGAGAGGCAAGUUCAGAUGCAUCUGAUCCAGCUCAACCAGAUCCUUUUGACAUGGGUCUGCUCAGAAAUGAAAUAAAAACCAAGGCCCUUCAAUUAGAUGUCACCGUGGAAGAAAAACCUGAGCUAGAAUCUCCUGAGAGGUCUCCAGCAACAGCUGUUACUGAAGGUUGCAGUGGUUUUGCAGGAUUCCUAGAACCUAAUGAAGUUUCUGUAACUUCUAUCAGUGCAUCUCUGAUCCCAUAUUAUCGUGGCACCCACCAAAUAAAAUUGUUGCAUGAAAAUGUUGCUUUGCAGCUUUUUUGUCCUUGUUUAAGAGUGAGAUUUGGAAUCAAUACAAAGUUUGUUGAUCAGGCUGGCCGGCCACGUUUGAGCUUUGUAGUUGGUGCUCCACCAAGUUUAUGUGGGGUCCUGGAUGCUUGUACUGAUGCUGCAAAAAAAAUUUCUGAGGAUUGUGGAAGCAGUUCUGAGUGGAGGCAUGUUGUGGUCAGGAAUUCUAAAUUCAUCAACUGCCCAACUGUGAGACUGCACAUACCUACUGUAGUCAACGGGAAUAUUGCCCAAUAUGCCACGGAGAUACAUCAGAAAGACUGCUCUGGUACUGUGCAAAAACUUGGAUUCAGCAAAUUUGAUGCUGCAGAGCUUGGUAACUUAUUUAGAAGAGGGAUCUCUGUGGAUGCAUUCUUCAGCUUGGAUACCUAUGAUUAUCAGCAGAGUGCAGGUAUUCGAUUGGUUGCUAAAAAAUUGGUUAUACAUUCUGGUUAGUGUAGAAUUGUAGGAAGGUGAAUUAGUUCAUUUCAGAUUGUUUCCAGAGAUAUGUAAUAGCAUUGUCUAUGUUAAGCCUGAGCCAUAGAUUUGAAUUGAUUUCUCACAUUCAUACCCUUAAGAUGACAAGGAUACUGAUACUUUGUACCAAAAGAAAAAAAAAAAAUUGAUGCUACUGCUGACGAAUGACAAUUUAUGUUAUUGCAAUUUAACUGUAAUGUUACAUGCAGGGUUUACAAAGAUAUAUAGCAGAAAGUACCAAGUAGGAAGUAGAAUAUUUCAAAUCUCAGUAAUUUAU